CUUCUGUGUACAAUGGGAUUUUUUAAAACAGGAAUGUGUAAAUUUAUUCAUGAAAAAAAGAUGAGUUCCACCUGCACACUAAAUCAAUAUGUGCCAUAAAAACAAGGUAACAGAGCACAAACAAAACACAUCUAAAGCUCCAGUGAGGAAUUUUGAGCUGGUUUCUAAACAGGUGAAGGUUUAUACUGAUGCCUCUACAUAACCCCCCAAAAACAGGCGACACUAAUGGCAAGAAAACUGAUUAUGUUUAUACUGUAAUUUUUAAUGCAUGCAGAUACUGCCAUGGGGAAUGUAUUAGGUAGUUUAUAGCACCCUCCCAAGAGAGUCUUUUUUUCAUGUAGUCCACGUCAUCGUGAAGGAUAUAUGUUGCUUGUGGCGCUUGUAGCGCUUGUAGCGCUGGUGGUGGCAGUUUUACAAGCUUAGAUGCAACAUACAAGCAGCAUUCAGAGCCAAUAAAAUAUCAAUAAUUUGUUAACACAUGUAAGGAAUGAAUGCAGCUUUGUCCAAGUCAUUAUCUUGUGAGAAAAAGUGAACUGUCAUUCACUAAUGAGAGUAGUAUCUUGUGGGAACAUGUUACUAUACUGUAUGCACAAUUUAUACUAAUGUGCACACAAACUACCUUAUCAUCCUCUGCACAAUAUAAUCAUUUUUAGAGCUUUUUUAGACUUUCUGGGGCUUCAAAGGAUAGAGUUCAUCAAUAAGACACAUGUUUUCCUCUUUCCUUGUUGAUGAGCAGCUUGUGUCUACAGAUCCAGACUACCUGCAAUUCAAGGGCACCAACAAGUGCACUGGACUGCCAAGGACCAGAUUUUAGUGUCCAGAAAAAUGAGUAGGGAUUCAAAGGCAAUACAACACAAGGGUCCUAGAGAUGCAGUCUGAGAUUGUGUUCCUGAAACUGUAUAAUAAUGGCAGAGGUUUUCAGAGGAUCAACGAAAAAAUGAAAGUUCUUCAGGGGAGUUUCAAUACAGAAAUAAUGAUUUAUCAUUCUUGCAAAGUUGCAAUAAAGGAGGCAUGACUGAGUCAUCCGUCACAACAUUAGGUUAUCAAGCAGCAGCUUCUUUUACAUUCUGCUCAGUUUUCAUGACUGAGAUAUUUGCCUUCAGCACAGGAAUCCCCUCACUGCCAAUCAGCUGCGUGCUGCGCUCUAUAGAAGCUGCCCAGCAAGAUUAUUGAUCGUUUGGAGUUUUUUCUCACAACAACAGAGGCUGAAACAUCAGACAGAGCAAUAGUGUAGUCUAAAACAAUGCCAAAUAGCAUAUAAAACAGCUCGCAGAGAUGGUGGGUGUAUUCUUCCAUAAAGUUCGAGUUGAGCCUGACUCUAGAUAUGAGUUAACAAACUGGUGGCUUACAGCAGCACAUGUGACCAUCUGUGUUUUAUGGAGGAGAUUACAUGUUGUCCAGUUGGACUGAUUGACCUUCUGCGUGUGAAAUCCUCUCUGGGUCGUCUCCAGUUGCAUGUUGGUUUGUGCAAAAAGGCUGGCUCUAGGUUGACUGGGGGCUUUCGGGUUUAGGGCAACAAAAUUACGGGAUAAAAUCAACUUUAACAAAUGGUUGUUAAUGAAUAUGGCGGACUAGUGCAUAAUAUCCCAUAAUGCAUGUUAGAAGCAAGCCCUGCCUGCAUGUUUUCUGUAUUCUUCACACUCUCCCUCACUUAAUGUGACGCCUCGGGGCGCAGGCAGCUUUCAGCGCGCGGGAAAAAGACGAUGAUUGAUAAGCGGAUCGAUACACGUCCUUGUCGGUCCAUUUGAGAUCUGCUCGCCCCCGGUCAUUUCCCGCAGCUUAUUUUGAGUCAGUAAAUCAGGACUGUGUAGAAGCAGAAGAGGAGGAGGGGGGGACGUGUCCAUCUCAGGACCUCCCCUCCCGAUCGUCACCAUGACAACCGCCGUGGAUGGUGGUGCUGCUGCUGCUGGAGGGGGAGCUCUUAGACAGGUGUUGCUGGGGGUUUGCGCAUCGGCCGUGAGAUCGUGUGGCAGGAUGGGAGCUGCUGGAACACCUACGCUACCCCAUCAUCAUAGUUUCCCAUGUACCCUGCACUCCUGCUCGCUCUAACACGAGAUUCAAUUAACGCUGUGGUCACACUGAACGCCGCAAUGGUGCACCAUUCGGGCUCCAUCCAGUCCUUCAAGCAGCAGAAAGGUUGGUCGCUGGUGUUGGUGAUGAUUCCGUGUUGAUCUGAGUGUGUGUGGUGAGUUUGGCGCGUAGUUAAACAGUUUCAGGUGUGAGGUGGGACUUUGAAGUGUUGGACUCUGUACUUGCUGUGUGACGCAGAGUUGGAGGAUGAAACGUGAACCUCGUGCGUUUUGAUAUUUUAUCCAGUACUUUAUCCAACAUCAGACUGUCUCACAUGAGUCCUCAGUGCAAAGCUGAGGCAGGUUUUCUCGGGUAACAACUCAAGUUUGUCUAGAAUUCAAUGAAUGAAUCAAAUCUGGAAACAUGGAGGAUCUAUUCUGAGCAUGUUUGUUGUUGCACUGUGAGAUUUGUGAGAUGUAUUUGACCUUUCUGCACAGUUCCAGCAGUGCUCCUCUUGUAAAGGUUGUUUUGUAAACUUGCAGUGAUUUCAGAUGCACUCAUAGCCAUAAUACAUCCGCUCUCAGGGACCUGCUUAAUGAACACUCACAGCAGCAGUGCAAACAGGCUGGUAUUAGCAGUGAUAACAUUAAAUUGUGUGCGUGUCUGGAGGACAGCAACUAACUGCAGAGGAGUUUGCCUGCACCUGUCUGGAAUGUCUGUACUCAGACUGAAAGGAUCUGACAGUGGAGGACCUAUAGUGCAUUAAAAUGGAAAUAAAUUUGCACUGCAUGCGAGAAUUUGACUCUUUUUCUUAACAUCCUUUUAAAUGAAGUCUUUGUUUUGACCAGUAAAACAAAGACGAUAACUUGAUGUUCAGUGAAGAAAUGUUGAAGCAAAUUUCCUCAUGUUUAAAAUUUAAUAUCCAUCAAGUAUUCCAUCUGUGUCCUCUGCUGCACCCGCAUUGAUUUUCAACCCUUUAAGUGGAGCUCUUAAUAGAACAUUAGUAACUGUGUAACACUUAGUCUUAAUUAUUCAUGCGCUCCGUGUCUAUAUUUAGUCUCCUGGUGAAGAAAGACUUGUUUUCAUGCUGACAUGGGCUCAUAAAAAGAGGGGAAGCAUUGACCUGUUUUUUUUGUAACCUGGCUGUGAAUGAUGAAAAUGUCUGAGAGACGAUAAGGAAAUGCUGAGCUGAGCAGCUUGAAAUCUCAUGACUGAGGGAUGUCCCACUCAAGAGGCUGUUGGCUUAUCUGCUGGUUCUCUAUGCUGUUUUUUUUAGCAUGAAAAUGGACCAAAAAGGCAGAAAACAACAGACAUUGAUGUGCUUUUAAACUUCAGUCUUCAUGCAGUAUUAUUUUUCAGUUUCUCAUAAACUCAUGUCAGACAACAUAAUAGAUCUAAAGCACAUCUGCCUUCUGUCUAGCCAACAGGAAACACACAGCAGCAAAACAUGAUCAGAUUUAUGUUAAACAAAAAUCUGAUUACAGGCCUGAGGGCACGCUCAAGUUUACAUUGAUUGCUAAGUGCACCAUUACGGUGAUAGUAAAGUAAAUGAACGUUGGCUCACAAAGUCAUGUUAAGGCAAAAAAUCCAGAAAUUAUGCUGCACUUUGUCAAAUACAGUAAGCAGCAUCCUGGGUGAGCUUUUAAAGGCUCAGAGCUGAAAAUAGAGCUUUGUGUUCCAGCUCAGCUUUUUUUAACUUAAUGAUGAAAAAAAAAAAAACACAAGCAUACUCAAACAAUUACUUUAAAACAAUGUAAGGAGGCCAUUGUUGAAAUAAAAUAACUUCAAAGCUUCUUGGAAGAUUUCUGCUUAGCUGAAGGUGAAAAAAAAACAUGUUUGUUCACAGACAGACUGCAGAGAGUCUUUAUGAAAAUAAGAUGAGGCUACUGAAGGCUGUUUUCCUCCUGAUUUCACCCAGCUGGUAAAUACUAAAAAACAAAGCCACAUUUGGACUUCAGGACCAGUAUGACUCACAACCAUCUGAUAUUACUUUGCAGGAUUUGGGAGAGUUUCAAGUGUUAUUGGCAGACGAAUUAUAAACCCAGAUUCAUCAUCAGCACAUUGAUGAAACUUACUGACACACUGAACUUUCAAACUCCUCAAGAAAAACUAGAAUGAAAUAAAGUCUGGGUUCAAUUAUCAGACAGUUUUUAGUAAAGCCUCUUUUAAGUCCUCUGCUUGUAUCAUAAUAUCAUAAUUCAGCCUGCAGAAUAUGAGAAAAACGUGUUUUGUGCGAUUACAUUCUUCAAUAAUGCAUAAUUCAACUUUUACUACUAUACCACUAUAUGACCAUCUUUUUAUUUAGAAUAAGUGCACCGCUCCAGCCAAUCAGAAUAGAGCAACAGGGCACACAGCACAGCCAGACCACAGACUGUAAAUAAACCUUGUGGGCUGGUUUGUUUGAGGGGACUCCUAAAUUUGAGACAAGGGACGCUCUGGAGGAGGCGGGGGGCGUAUCUCUGGAUGAAUUUAGUCACAGAGUUGUUGCCCCACAAACAAACAAACAAACAAUAAAAAAAAAACACCAGUUGACUAGACUAAAUGUGACUCAGCAGAUGAGCCACAACUGUGGAUUAGUGUAGCAUCUGAAUGUUUGUCCGUAUGAACCACGAAAUGCACCGCAAGUCAGAAUUGAAGACAGUGAGUGAGAACGGCUGUAAUGUGUCCAGAUGUUCCCUUCAAAGGCUUUACAAAUUACACACUGAAUGAAGUGAAUGAUGAGUUAUAGUUAAUAAAAUUAGAAAACAUAUGAAGUUUGCUUUUGAUAUUUGCCAUUGUGGAUCCAAGCUAGCAGGCUAAAACUACAUAUAUGGGUAUUUGGUAUGGGAAAGUCUCACCUAGAUCUUCAAGCAAAAAUGUCAAAAAAGAAAUUGUUGUUGGUUGGCAGGUGUGAGAAUGUGCUUCUGUGAGUAGAUUGAAGAUUUUUCGGUGGGUUUUGUUUUAGUUUAUGAGUUAAACUAUCUUUGUUUUGUUUUUUUCUAUUCUUUCCUUACAAACAUAAAAUAAUAAUUGAACUCAGUGAGGCUCAAAAUUGUUGUCAAGAUCUCAGGACACAUUUUGGAACAUAUUUAUACACAAAACAUAACACUCAUCAAAAAUGAGACAAAAUAGAAACAUAUUAACUCAUUCAACUUUCACAUACCGUAUCCCUUAAACCCCACCAUCUCAAAACAUUAAUACACAUGUCCAACACACACAUUGUAAGUCCUUGUCUUUAUUCUUCACUGAUCCUGCCUCAUCAGCCGUGUUACAACUUCCUUUAUGUAUUUUAAAGUGCUUUUCUCCAAGUAUCUAGCGAAGCGGAUCAGGAUAUUUUGCUCAUGAAAAAAUUGAUAAAUCAAAAGCUGAGUUUUGUAUCAUUCAGCACUUUCACUGGUAAAGUUUGCAGCACUACCAACCAAAGUAAGAGCGAUCAAUACCCUAUUAAAAAAAUAUCCUGCUCUUUUCCCUCGUGGAAAUAACUUAUAGAUUGGUUAUUAUCUUUGUUUUUUCUGUGAAAGAAUGCAUAGUCGUGCUUGUAGGUGAGUUGAUUCAGUUACUGCAGAGCCCUCUUAAAACUGUGCAUGUACAGUAAAUGUGUGUUAGAGCCUGUGUGCGUUUGUGAGUGUCGAUGUGAAAACCUUUCGCGACACAGUCCUAAGCAGGCCACCUGUCCUCUUAUGCAAGCCGGCAGAUGGUUUAAUAGAUGGAGACAUUAAUUUUCGGGCAGAUCUCACAGGCUUCUGCAGAGUGUGAGGCAGACAUCAGUUUGCUGUAAGAUGAGCCGUGUCUGAAUAUGCCGCUUCAUACUGCAGCAUGCCAGGUAGACAAACAGUUUACAGAACGACAAAACAAAGAGGCUGUUUUGUUCUGUGUGUGUGUGUGUGUGUGUGUGUGUGUGUGUGUGUGUGUGAAUGGUGUGGCAGCUACCACAUUCACACUCUUUAAAUAGUCAGCCUUUGUUUCGUUGCUAGGUUAUAAGAACAAUACAGGCAGAAGUUCAGCUGGAAACUAAACUUAUUCCACAUUUUGAUCACAUCUACAGAAACAAAACAGUCUCUGGCAGUAUUGAAUUGUUCUGCGGUGAACUUUCCCGCUCCACGUUGUCGACUGCACACGCAGAGCAGCUUCUGUCCCCGAUGAGGUGUUUAUGUAGACAAGCGAGGCUUAUCAGAAAAUCCUGUGACGCUGCAGAAACCAGAAGCAAUCAGGGGCCAUAAGAACAUGCAGUGACGUUAAAGAAGCAGAGGGGUCAAAUAUAGGGAUUGAAAGAAAAAUGAGACGUUUAAUCUGCUUUGGCACUAAUGAUGCAACCCAGAGGUUGUGCCAGGGUUGUAUAAUGAGGUUCUGAACUGUUGAAAAGGGGCUAAAAAGUGCCAUCUGCUCCGAGGUGUGUUAGUGGUCAGGCAGCUGCGGAUCAGCCGCACAUGAGAGACAGAGAACACCAGUGCCAACACAUCUGAGUGUCUGCACUUUACUUUGAUUUAAAACUUGAUUCAGAUGUUGAUCUGAGUCCAGAAGACUUAAUCUGUCCGCAGUAAAUAAAUCAUAUAGAAAAUAAAAUAUGAGAAGGUCAUAAGUGAAUUAUUUAAAUGGUCACACAGAAAAUUAGAUGUGUUUUACUUUACUUGGAGUUAAAAAGUAAGACACUCCAGUUUUUUAAUUGACAGCAUAGUAGUUUCAAAAAUAGCAAAUAAUGGUUUAUCGUUAUCAACCUACUGCAUCUGACCAAGUAUAGUUGCAGAAUUGUGAAAAAUAACAAAAAUAACAUGACGAUGGCAUUGUGGUGCAAUGAUUUUUGCUGUCGUCUCACAGCAGGAAGGGUCCUGGUCCAAAACUUCGACCUUUCUGUGCAUCUGAAAGCCCCCCUUCCUCACUGGUGCUCUGUAAAAGUUAGAGUGAUUGGUUGUCUGUUCCUAUGUGUCAGCCCUCUGAGUGACCGGCGACCUAUCCAGCAUGAACCGAGCCUCUUGCCCAAGCUGGGAUCAACUUACAACCCUGGGUGGGAUAAGCUGUAUAGAUAAUGGACGGAUAAUGUGAGCAUAUGGUUUAAGCUGAAGCUUUGACAUUACAGCUUUGCAUUUAUUGCCUGCUUCUAAACUGAAAAUAUGUUGCAUACACUGUGGACAAAAAACUCUAUCUCCUCCCAAUUCGAAAUCUCACUUACAUGGGUGAUGACAUGUUGCACUGGUGAAGCUAAGGCAUGUGUGAGUGAGAACAUGCGUGGAGCUUUCUGGUAACAUCAGGGAUCCCUGUGGUCAGCUGCUGGUGAACAGAUUCUUGUGUUGAUCUGCUGCAAACACUUAUGGCUGUGGGAGGUUUCAUAACGAGUCGUUGAGUUUGUCUUCUAUCUCUGCUCUACAUUUGUGAGCAGAGCAGCAAAUCGGCAUUUUUGAGAGAGAUGUGACAGCUGAAGAGAGACAGAGACAGGUGGGGCAGAGAGUGGGGAAAGACAUGCAGCACUUGAAUCAUGUCUUUAACGUCAAUGGAUUAAAGGGAUAUUCUGGCGUAAGAUUAAUUUAGGUCAAACACACUGUAACACCGAGUUAGACACCCCCUCUAGAGAUGAAUGUUGCCAACCGCUUGCUUCUCUAGUUAUACCAACUUCAGGAACGACCGCAAGAUAGCAAUACACAGCGGGCUGAGCAGCCACACACAAACCUCAACUAAAACGCCACUCUAUAGCCACAAAUAAUGCUCAGAACAGCACCUAACUUCAUCAACAGUACAUAUAGAGUCCCAGCCACAGCACUAACCACCAAACAUCUUUUUAACUUUGCCUAAUUUCUUUAGCAAAGAGACUAAACACAACUCACCUACCCUCUUCCAGCAGCCGCUUGUUUGUACGGAGACCUCAGGCCAGUCCAUUACCGACUACAGCGGGGGACGCAGCUCAAGGAAGAACAUUUAUGAUCAUUACUUUAUCAUUUCCUUGAAGUAAUAAUCACCAUAUUAGUCACUUUGCACUGCAGAUGCAGUAAUUCUUCUGCCUUAGUGUCUCGGUCUGAUUUUAUUUCCAUGAAGAAAUUAUCAUAAAUGUUCUUCCUUGAGCUGCGUCACCCCCGCUGUGGUUGAUGGUCUCCGUUACGGUGUGUUUGACCCUAACUUGAUGUUAUGCCGGAAUAUCCCUUUAACUUUAACUUCGAAACACAAGUUUCGUUUCGCAAAAAGUGAGCCUCGCACCGAGUAGAUGCACUCUUUGUGUUUGAAAUAAUUCCAUUUCAACAAUGAUAUUUAAUGUGGCUCUGAAUAAAUGUUUAGUAAACUGCUGUUGUGGAAAAUUUCAAAAGGUUUUAUUUAAGAAUAGAAAAUCACAUUACUGCAAUAUUCUCCAUGAACUUCUAGGCUGAAAACCUGCAGUCACAGUAAAAAUGGUUCAGCUGCCUCUUAAGAAGCUGUGAUGGUUAUCAAUGGUAGCCUGGAAAACACUUUGACCUCAAACCAGUUCAGUAUUUUGAGUUUGAUAACUUCUUUUUGAUGUUUUCUCUUUUUUUCACAUGGUUAGAUAGAAAGCCAAAAAAAAAAAAAAAAAAAAGUUCAUAGAUGAGCUAUCUUGUUAUCUGCAGCAGAUAUCCCUCAUCAUUUGCUAUUCAUACUUGGUCAGCAGGAAUCAUUGGUGUGCCUGUAGCACUAACCAUGUAACAUAAGAUAUGAGCAGAAUAUUCAGCUGCUGCUAAUGAUACUGCUCUAAAUGCUCCCCGUGAGCUCACUUCGCCUCUGUGUUCUUUGAUACGGUGCCAGACGGAAGAUGAAACAGGCGUUAAUUGCUUCGAGGAUGUUUCUUCAGGACGGGCUACAGGCCUCACCUCCACCCUGCCUCCACAUGAUAAAUUUUAUAAACACACUACAGCUCCCUGUGUGUUUUUCAAAUAUUUUUUCUUCUUUGCCUAUUCUUCUGCAACAGGGAUCCCCUUAAAUGCCCUCUGUACAAGGAGACUGUAAUGGUGUGCUUGCCAAGAGAAAAAAAAAAAACUAACUCAGAAAGCUCCUCAGCUGAAAGCCGUGACAAUGAGAGCGCUAUGGGCUGAAGACGGAUGAAUAAUUGAAGGUAUAGAGACAUAGAGGCAUGAUGGGAAACAGCCCACUAACCUGAAUUCUCUGUUUGCUACUUUGUUCAAUAUUCCUACAGAAAGACUCUCUAUGGUGUCUUUUUCAGGUCUCUGGCAGUGAUUGUGGGAAAAACGUGACUAAAAUGCUAAAGUAAUGUUCCUUCUUUCACUUCUUUUACACUCCUCAUACUGAUUUCAAAGCUUUGUUACACAUCUCUGGUAUCUGACAGCUUGAUCAAUGAAUCCUUGAUGUUUUUUCAAAUGAUGUGUUUUUUCUCUCCUGCUGGUUCUGAGUGUGUUGGUGACAGUCUCACUCAGAUGUCUAAAGAAGUCAAGAUGUCACACUGCACAGGAUGUUCUGACUUUAAUGUCAGAAAUAAACACGAGGAACAUGACAAGAGUUUGUAAAAAAAAAAAACACAAACAUCAAUUUCAAGGUCUACGUUUGACAUAAGCAGAAACAACCGUUCUUAUGCUCCACCAAACCCGCACAAAAAAAUUCCUUUUAAUCUCACUCCACAAAAACCGUCAUGGACAUGCUGCACAAGAGGGCUCCAAAUCCCAGAUCACGACCUUCCCUGAAGCCUGUCCAGCUCAGCUUCCUCUGGGCCGGCGUGGGUGUGUGUGAAAGUACACACAGGAUUGUCGUCGAUGCCCUUUGCCAUGCUGAUGCACAGGAAAUCUGGAGGUGUUUUUUUUUUUUUUUUCUAGCAUCACAGCUCAGCCAGGGUCCACCUCCUAGUUUAAUCGCCACCACUGCAUCACUCACAGUGUGACAGCCCACAGACUCCUAUACCAACUGGAGUAUACACACACACAGACACACACACACAGGAUUAUCUUUCCCCUGAUAAACCAGCCUUUGCCAGCACACAGUGAGAUUAAACACAGGAUUUCACAUUAGAUGAACCCUUUAUAUAUUUAUAUAGACUUACACAAUGCACUGCUUUCAGAAACAGCUCCAAACAGGGGGAAGGUUGACUGAAUGCUUGCAUGAUAAAACUAAUCUUAAGCUCCAGAACUGGGCGACGGUCUUCAGAUAACCAUUAUCACAUCGGAAAUUUCCACAAAGGCUGAGAGAUCUGACCAGUAAUUUUUUUUAUCCGCACCUGUCCUGCGCCAAUUUUUUCCGUAGGGCCAAUUUCACACAACACAAAUCUCGUCCAAUUUGUGUGUCUAUUUUAAACUUGCAGUGUCCUUUGGGAUCAGGGAGCCUCGCCCCUGCAGGCCUCAUUAGUUUGGAUGUUCUCUGAUGUAUCAUCUCAGACGUGUUGAGCCUUGCCGAUAUCUGUUGGGAUUAUCUACACGGCCUGAAAUCCAGUAAAUGUACUUUUUUGGCGACACUGUGCAGAUGUGAAGCACUAGACAUGCACUAUUGAUCACUAUAAUGGAGAGAAAGACAGCAGGGUCUGCUAACUUGACAGUUAUAUUAAAUAAAAAAGCUUUUUCCACAGACAGAGUGAUAUUGUUGCAUUCCAGGCAGGGGGCUCACAGUUUAUAGUCUAAUUAUAUUGUAGCUAGCAGUAAAAGUAGGUUUGUUGCUGGAAGAAACAAAUCUCUGACUCAACGGACCGUAAAAUAUUGACUUUUUAAAAUGUCAUGGCUGAUGUUAACAGCACAAUAUGUUUCUUUAAAGAAUAAUUACGCAACAGCGUGACGCUCAGGAUUGAUUUGAAACACUGGAUUUUUUUGUAAUUAAAUAGAAAGUGGAAAGCAGCGAAGAGGAACCCAAUACUUGACUUAACUGCAGAAGUCUUUAAAGUGCUGGGAAAUGUUAGCCCAGAGGAUAGUUUAAAGCUGCUGUAAGUUUUUUGACAUUUACAGAGCUGCCAAGCGUCACGCUUUGGUGUGACAGUCACACAAUUUGACCCAUUCUCACACCACACGCCACACUUGACAUUUCUCAUGCUUAUAUUUCCCCAUUCAAUACUCUGUACUUAACCAAUCCCAGACCAAUCCAUCCGUACUUUAUGCCUAAAUCUAACCAACCAUGGAAGGCACCACGCAAUCAAUACAUUUGAAACCUACUCAGCCUUCUCCUUCUCUCCUGAAGACAGACGGUAGGUUAGUUCAGACUAGCAUUAUUAGGCCACAGUGCAGGGAGAGCAGCUGGCGAAGGUGAGGACAUCAGUCUUAAGGUAUAAAUCGACAUUAAAAAAGGCCAAUUUUGUUGCGGCCGAACACACAUCAUAACGCUAAAGUCUCACUCUUGUCAUUUUCUGAAACUUGGCAGCCCUGCAUUUAUUUAAUAGAUCAAAAUUCAUAUUGAUGCCUUUUUAUGAUAUCAAAAAGCAAGUGACAAGAUUGACGAUAUUUCUGCAUUGUAUAUUUUAAUGCCUGAAACCAGUAUCAGGGGGGUAGGUUGUUAAUAUUUUUCACAUGAAAUAGUUGCUAUUGAUUAUAUAUUUGACUGACAAAAGUCAGCAGGAUGAGAUUUUUUUGUCAGAGGAUUCUAAGCAUGUAGAGGACAAGAUAAGCAAAGACUUUAUGUCCACAGGGGGCGCCAAACUGACACCAACCGAAAAAUUCCUCACAGGAGCUUUAACUUAAUUGUUCAAUUUAAGCUAACGUGUGUCAUAUUUCAUGCGGUGUAUUCCCCUGUUCUCUUCCAGUCAGGUCAUGUUGAGUCUUUUUAAAUUAAACAACAAAGACUACAGCUCAGGCACGCUCUUCUAAACUACAUGUUACAAAUCACUGUUUUUGUUAUUAUUUGGUGCAUGUAAAUCAAAAUUGGGCGAUUGCCUCGAGGUGACAGUUUAACUCAGCAGUUAAAGAGCAGACUGUGGCUGUUGUCUGUAAAGCAGGUAUCCUAAGGCUAACAACUCCCUCUCUUUCCAGUUUCCCCCUCAUCCAUCAUCCAGUAGUUUCGCUGACGGCAUUAUAGCCUGCAAAUUGUUUUUUUUAAAGCAUUUAUUGGUGAUUAAAUUCAUGUUUACACAAACUAGCCACAACAUCAUUACUACACAACCCAAACCUCCACCAUCAUCACACCGUUGUACUUUUAUAUUGAAAUGCAGCGGUGUAGUAUGAGUGUACGGGUGCGAUUUCAUCAGGCAUGCGAGAAUAAGAAGUAAUAACAAGUAUGCAAGGUAACCACACUACACAAGCGGGCGCUUCACACAUCACAUGCAAACAAGCCUGUUUCACAGUGACCCUGUGACACCUCUGGGGCAGCUGUGGCUCAGUGGUAGUUUGCUGUGUCUCAAUUUCAAGCUUGAGGGCAUGAUCCUACGUCCCUCUGUUCCUAUUCCCUGAGUACUCCAGCCUGCCACCACUGACUAUGUGUGAAUCAGAUGAGUUUAUAGUGACGUAAGCUGUACUGAGAACUCACUGCCAUCGGGGUGUGAAUGUGGAGUGAAUAGGUGACGGUGACUUUGAAUGUCAAAUUGCUUUGAGUUGUGAGAAGACUAGAGAAAGUCCCUCUGAUGCUGACAUCUCAGUGGAACGACUUGGGCCUACAACACAGGGCAGUAAUAUCAUGCCUUAGAAGGGCAGUAUGACCUCUGGAAAUAUGCUGUGGUAUUUGGCACCAAAAAAUUACAAACAGAUCCUUUGAGUACUUGAUGUUGUGAGUUGAAGCCUGCAUGGCUCAGACUUGGAUGUCCAGCACAUCCCUCUGAUGCUCGAUCUGGUUGAAAUCUGGGAAAUUUGGGACCAGGAUACCAUCCUGAAUUUGUCUUACUACCACCCACCUGUUUGAUUUUGAUGCUUGAGUGUACAAUGUGGGCACUUUUAAUGCAGGGGGUUAGCAGGGGCAUCAUGACUAGUCUGUCCAAACAGCCUCAUGCAAAGCAAACUGCAAUGCACUCUGUGGGUUUUCACACCUCUAACAGAACCAGCAUGAUCUUUUUCAACAGUAUGGGCUCUUCCACAGGCUGGUCAUUGCCCCCCACAAACACACAAAUGGCCGCCCAUUACUUGUUUUCUUUCAUAGACCCCUUUUGGAAAGUACCGACCACUUUAGUAGCCUAGCCCUGCUAUAGCUGCAGAUUUUGUUAAGCUCUGACCAUGUCAUGCAGCCGUCACAGUUGGCUCUUGUUUAAGUGACUCACAUCCCUACCUUACCUCGAUAAUCAACAACUUCGAGGUGACAUUGUAAAGAGAUAAUCUACUGUUUUCACUUCACCUGUCAAUAGUCAUUGAUUUGCUGAUGUAUGUUUGCCUUUGUAACAUAUAUAGGAUACAUGCUAUUUUAUGAGUGGCUUAAACUCCAGCUGUAAGCGGUUUAAUUGCAUGAUUUCAGGUUUUCACUCAGUUAUUAACUGUGUCGCUUGUAGCUGGAGCACAAAUUUCACUUAUUUCAUUUCUAAAGGGCUGCACAGUUAAUAAACAGAGCGAUUAGUGGUUCCCCUGAGCCUCUGAGCUCACAUCUUUAACUGGCUCCUUUCUCACCCAAGAGCACGGGGGAAAUCCUAUCGAGAUCUACGACUCCGAGAAUGAGUUAUUGUGCGGCUCGCAGCGUGGACCCCCUGGAUGCAGAGAAUGAAUUAUCAAUGCAGCUGAAUGUUUCUAGAAGGUCGUUGAAAGAAUUUCCCGCUGGAGGUCAUGUUCCAAUUUACAAGAGAAAGCGAGAGAGAGAGAGCACAAGAGAGAGAGAGAAGCGCCUUCAUUCAUUUCAUGAAUAAAUAUGUCGUAGCUGCAAAACUGGAGCUGCUGCCCGCUGUGGAGGUCGACCUGCUUCCCCUGCUGGACGUUCAUUAUUGUUAUUAACCUCACUGUUCUUGCCACUAUUCAUCUUUACAGUAACGUUGUGUCUAUCGCUCAUCAUCUGUCAGCCCUUCUCUACACAUUUGGCUCGCUCAUCGCUUAAAUGACCUUGAAGAAGACCUCUGCUGCUUUUUAAUAAAACAAUGAAAUGCUGAUGAGAAAUCUUUAAAAGAGCAUGAAUCAGUGCCGUUAUCACACGUAUCUGAUAUAAAAAUGAAAGCAGCACUAGCAGGCGUGUGUGUAGUUCAGCUCCUUGGUGCACCACCAUGCUGCUAGUCUUACUGGGCUGAGUGAUUUAAUGGAGGGGGAGUGCUGAUGGUUUAAUGCACUCCUCUAUGAAGGAAAGACAUUAUCACCAGCACUGCAUGGAGACCAUAAAAGGAUGGACACACUGAUGGCUCCAGUGAUCCCACCCUCCCUCACUUUUCCCUCUCUGAGUUCAGUUCAUACACUCGCUCUGCUUACUACUGUAAUUAAGUUUUAGUCAUUGCCAAAAUUUUAUUGUACCUAAGAGAGAGAGAGGGUAGUUCUGAUUCAGGUGUGAUAAGAUUAUACAAACAGUAAUCACUUGGCAGAAGCAAACAAACAGUCAUGACAGAAGGCAGCAACUAAAGCAUGAAGCCGAACUGAAUUUCAUCCAACCAUGACACUUCUCUGGCAGCUCCAAGGGCAAACAUGGACCUUUUUUAAACCCCGUUAUCCACACUUCAGGGUUUCGCUUCUACAUAUGGAGGCACGAGCUGUAAGAUGAGGGUCUGUGGGUUUUUCCUAGCGUCUACUACUUAACUCCCUGCAAUCUUGUGAAUAUUAAUGUGACCGUUUGUGGUGGAGAUCUUGCUCAACAACACAGACAUGUGAAAAGGUUAAACCACAGAUCUACAGGCUUUCAUUGUGGCGUCCUGGGGAGUCGUUUAUUGCAUUUAACCCACUGAAAGAGUAGCUGGAGGCUAUUUUAGCAUUUUCUAACAAUCAGUAAUGCAUCCAAGAGGUUUUUACCACAGGCAAAGUAAUCAAAAGACUGUUUUUGAGCUGUUUUUCAUCAGAAGGGCACCUAGUAGGCACUUUUUUACGCUUUACCCACAGACAGGGCAUCCAAACUGCACCUAAUCAUGGUUUAUCCACUGCAAAGGCAUCUCAACUACAUCUGUAUAGGUUUUUUUUUCCUGGUGUUUUCAUCCAGAUUGCACUUUACACAAUUUCCUCCACUGAAAGAAUAUGUAUUUAAAGGCACAGAGACAGAGAGGGCAUAAAACUGUGUUAAAUCCACUACAGGUGUAUCCAUCAGGAUAUAUCCGAAGCUUUUCCCAGACUUUAGGGCACCAAGAGGCAGCAUCUAAACAUGCAUGAUUUAUUACGUUAAAUGUAAAGUGGCUGUAAUUACACAGGUCCUAACAGACAGGUAUGUUCAUACUUGGCUUGUUGUGAGAUCUCACAGGUUUGUGUGUAUUUUAAUUACCAAUACUGUGAAGUAAAAGAUAAAUUAAGUCUUCAGUUCAGUUAGUUUUAGUUUUCAUUUUAAAGCACAACCUGAGUUAACCUUCAUGACAUUAUAAAGGUUAUUUUCUAAUACUCCAUAAAGCUUCAUUAUAUAACUGUUUUCAGCUGCCUCACAGAAACGUUCAUGACAGGUUUGCUGACCUUGUGGAGUGAACCGCUCAUUCAUUAGCUGUCUGCACACAUUCACGCAGGUACACAGAUCAGUCCCAAUGACCUGACACUUCUCUGUCAGCUACAUGCCAAUAACUUUAUAGAAAUGAAUUCUGCUGCUGUCAGCGUGUCACCACCCCGGCCUCCUUCUUAUGUAAUAGAUUCUGUGUUUGUUGACAUCAGCAAAAUUUAAUGCAAUGUUUGUUUUGGGGAAAUUACCCAGAAGAGCUAAAUCCAAUCAAUCCCUCAAUGCAAGUGUCUCAGAGUAAAGCAAACAUACGUGUGUUUAACAGAGUGAGCACGAUACAGCUUUCAUAUACAGAAACUGAUCCAAAGACCUUCAUCCUUCCUCUCUGCUCUCAUCCCCAGGCAUGCACACCAGCAUCAGCGAGAUCCUGAAGGAGAAAAGCCUGAAGCCGUCUCGUCGCAGCCUGCCCUGCCUGGCCCAGAGCCAGACUCAUCCCAUCAACCUCAACCACUUCCUUUCUGUGCCUCUGAGCCCGGAGCCCAAAGCCGAAGUCGAGGGUCUGAGCCAGAGCAUCAGCACCUCCUGCAGCCUCCUGCCCCCACAGACAGGUCAGUGUGCUCGGAGCACUUAGUGAGCCUUACUCCGGACAUUUUCCAAAAGCCAUUAGUGAAGAAGACGGUUCGGUCACGAGAGAGUGGCUGUAUCAGUUUACAUCGCUGCUUUUUGGUGGUGUAAAAGUCUACCUUGUUGGUGUCUUCCUUGAUUAUUCAACUUGUAAAACAGUUCAAUAUCUUUGAUUAAUACCUGGUGUCCAAAUAGGGACAUACUAAAAGUCAUGCAAUCCUGUAAAACAUUGGCUGCUGUCUAACUUAUGAUACAUGUCUCUAAAUGGUGGCCAAUUUCUCUUGACUUUCUGCUAAAACAUAUUUGUCUGUCAUAUUUUUCUGUCCAUUAAAGUAAAUAUUGUAACAUCUUGAUUCAGAAAAUCCUCCUCAUGAGCGCCUGUUCAUUUGUUUCUGGUUUGUCCCAGUUACACUGUGACAGUCAGAACAUCCAGACACUGACAGGCUUUCAGGACACAGCACUGAGCAGAUUUGCCCCGUAUAAUGAAAUGAGUGAUCCAGAACUGACUGUUAUUUGCACUUGCACACAGAAAUCUUGGAUAAUUAAACCAGCAGGUCACUGCUGAUAGGAACCAGGAUUUCAUCAUGGGGGAUUAUGUCUACCUGCAUUUGCUCUCUAUGUGAUCAGUUUUUACUGUGUUCAUCCAAGCUUGACUGCGAACCUGAUUUAAAAAAAACUGAAGCACUUAAACUAAAAUGCAGACCCGAGGGUGCAGAUUAGAAACUGUUUUUUGUUGCAUUAAUACUAAAGUAGAGAGAAGAUUCAAAAACAGUGAAAUACUGUAAAUGUUUUUCUAUUACCUGUUGGGUAUCUUCUUCAUAAUUUAAAUGAGCUUUAUUGACAUGAAAGUCAGAACAUAAUUGCCAAAGCAAAAACAAUAUUACACAUUGAAAAUAGACAUGAAAUGGUUAAUCACAGGUCAAUAAAAACAGAGCGUGGAUCAAACAGCUCCUCUGUGUUUGGGCUCAAACUGCGAGUGUGGGGCCCUCAGGUCGUGACGGACAGAAACAUACUGAGCUGCUGAAGGAGUUGUUGGUCCUUCACCCUUGGAGGACUGACAGCUUCUCCUCAGGAGGUAAGGUUAGGAAAUGUAUGUUUUGAUGGGUUAUUAAAAAAAGUGCAUUUAUGCUUCCACUUCCCCUGAUGAACUGUGAGCAUAGACCUGUUUUUCCUGAAGCAGCCAUGUUUGUCUGUUUGUCUGUUUGUCUGUUUGUUUGUUUGUUUGUUUGUUUGUUUGUUUGUCUGUUUGUUUGUUUGUCUGUUUGUCUGUUUGUCUGUUUGUUUGUUUGUUUGUUUGUUUGUUUGUUUGUUUGUUUGUUUGUUUGUUUGUUUGUUUGUUUGUUUGUUUGUCUGAGUUGUCUUGUUUCUAUGACUAGUUGGUGGUCACUGAGCCUGUAUCUGGAUCAGUCUCUGUUAUCUGUCUGUGGCAGAGUGUAGAUAUUCAGACACCUUAGACUCAUUCUUAAUGGAUAAAUAAAAGUUUAGUCCACUUUGGGAUUUGGUUUCUGUAUGAACCAUUUUAUCUAUAUUUUUGUGGGGUUUUGUUUUGUUACCUGCACAAUCACCACAAGGGGCACUUCAGGUGAAUGGGCAGGUCAACGCUACAAAGGGGGCACAGGUGAAGCAGUGAUCUGGGGAAAGGAAGAGCACGCUGUUUUUAGCGCUAAUCGCUGACACCGCUCUCACCCUCGUCACGUACAUCACCAGCGUCGUAAAUUGGAUGUAUCUGUCCUUUUUUUAUUGGUUUUUCAUUUAAUCAAUAAAUGGCAAAAAUAUAACUCAACAACAACCUUGGAUUGGACAUAGGAUUGUAGUAGAAGCACAUCAAAAACACCUCACUCCCGCACCCAGACAGUGACUAAAAUUCAGGUCAGCAUAGUCACUACAGUUUCUUUUGCCCAGUGAUCUAAAUAUAACUCUUUUGAUUUGUUCAUAAUUUGUAUGACCGAGUACUGUUUGCUUUCCCUUGUAUGUAAAUGUCUGUUUUUGAACAUUUAAGUCCCUAUAGCUAAAAAAUACCAUCAGAUACGAGAACAUGUGUUAUUUAAUCAGGUCGGGGUACUUAGCAUCGACUCCGCUGACAAAUGUGCUCCGCUGGAACAGAUUUGGUCACUGUGCAGGUUUUAAUUUUGUCUGUGACAUUUUAAGCGUGUUCCCAGUAUUGACCGCACAGAUUGUGUUCCUGCUGCAGGGGAUUAAGAAAACUCAGUCACAUGUGUCCAGUGCUCUUUCAAUAGCAGAGAGAGAAUAUGGAAAACAAUGCAUCCUUGUUUGGUCUGAUAAAUGGAAAACUCCUGUUUGGGAGGAGGAAAAUGUUCAGCCAUGUUGAAAUUUUCAUGAAUACUAUGAGGAUGUUGUAAGGGAUUGAGUUUUGCCACAGUGCCACAACAAGUUGGCAUCGCUCUGAUCUUGAAAUGCCCUCUAUCUAAAACUCGAGCAUCUGUCUGCUGUGUGCAACACAGAGAUGUGGGUUUCAUGCAGAUGAGGCAGCGUGAGGUGAGGUGUUGCUAUUUUUGUGAAAACUAACUCUUUGGUGUGGUGCUGAAAAUAGAUGUUUGAGGGAGAGGUGUAAUUUAUCUCAGCAUGAGGAGGAUGACGACAGAAGAGAGAGAGAGUAGACAGACAAACCUGGAGUGCUAAACAAAGACUCGUCUGAUACCUCAGCUAGGUCAGAGCUUGAUGCACCGCUGCUGCAGGAGGAUUUAUUUCCUGCAGCUUGUACUUAAAUCAAAAUAGUAAAAAAAUGUGGGAACUUUUCAACAUAAACACUUGAAGAGUUAUACAUCAGUCGCCUUCUAUCUGUGUGAAAUCUCAGCAUGCUCUGGCAUCAUAAAUUCAGGCUGUUUUCUCAUUCUUAACGGCGCACCACGCUGUCCAAACUUUUGAGUCAUUUUUCAGCUCCGAUGAUACUUUUAUGACCAAACUGAAAUGGGCUGUGUAGGCUUUCAGUGUGAAGGCAAUUCACACGGAUAUUAGAGAACACAACUCACCAUCGCAACCAGUAACAACAACUUUGUAUGAGUGAGCAUGAGUGGUCUUGAUAGAAGUCAAGGACUCUGGGUGAAGUUGUUUUCCAUUAUUCAUUUUAAUGAAUUUGAAUGUUUGUGGUGGGUGAUACAUGGAGUCAGAUUUUAACCCUCUAAUGAAAUGGAUAGUCAGCUACAACUGCCUCUCAUUCUUUAAAAGAGAAGGAUGAAGUGAUUAUAAACUGCUUUGUUGUGACGUUAAAAUAAACAUAAGCAAAAAGGAGUUUCUCUUCAGUCUCCGUCUGGAUCAGGAAAGAUAAUGAUUAAAGAUAAACUAAAGAGAGUGAAAAAAACAAAAACUCUACAUUAAGGGAUUUUAUAUUCAAACCACCUUCAAAAAUCAAGAGACAAAUUCAGUUUAAGCUGCUUGUUCAGUGUUGAUACUAAGGAGUAGACAUGAAUACAGAUAAUGCAGCUUAUAUUGUUCUCCCAAAAGACUUAAUCGUCAUAUUCAGUUUUGUUGAUCUGCAACAUUUGACUGGAGUAAAAACCCAAACUACGACAGAGGAUCAGAGCCGAAUCAAGACAAGGAAAGAAUUAUGACUAAAAGGUUAAAAUCACAGAUUUAUGGGAGAGAAGUCGCACAAUUACAAGAAAGUCUUUAUUUCUUAUAAAAUGAAGUCAUGGAAAAAGAAAAGUUGCUUAUCAAUGUGAAUUGCACCAUAUAUUUAUGAGACUAAUGUAUUAAAUCUUCCAGGUUGUUAUUACAGGCCAAGGAUAAUGUAUGUAACAACAUACAGAGUGAUAACAGGAGAGCAGCCAGCCGCUGCCUGAACUAAAAUGAAGCCCAUGAUUCAUCUUGUGAAGUUCAAGUCAACAGCAGAGGACAAACAGCGGCUGUAGAAGUGUGCACAGGCAGCCCGACUUUCUUCAUAUUCAUCCAAAAAACUGUUUUUAUAUUUCAGAAUCCUGAUACUCUGGACAAUGUGAUGAUGUGCUUUAAAACAUCUAUGUCCCUCAUUCCAGUUCAGGCAGCCGGCUGUGCCUCUGACCCUCCCAUUCAAAAUAACAUGAGGCCCAUUCGAGACCUAAAAUUAUGACCUUUUCUUAUAUAAAUCUACAACUUCAUUCUUUCUCUCAAAAUCUCAUCAUUUUUAUCUACAAGUUAACUCAAAUACUCCAGCGUAUAAAGCUGUCACAUGUGAUAGACAAAGUUACUGUUGAUCCCUAAACCAAGAGGAUGUAAUUUUAAUCGUGUCACGCUUUUUUAUUGUCAAUUCUUGCCAAAUGUGUUGGACGCACACAAGGAUCCAAAAGAAGGUGUCUCUCCCGCCGCGGUGCAAAACAGUACAGAUAAGAAUAAAUAGAAAACACACAUCGACACACACGUGUGUAUCUGCAUUGUGUUGUUUUGGCAUAGUGGGAUUCUCUUAAAGGUUGACCUCUCUUUGUUCUAAUAAACACGUAGCAGUGUGAUAUUGGUUUCCCUGUCUCUGAUUACACAUUGCAAUAUGGCGUUGUAAAAAACACAAGAGGCUCUGCAUGUAAUCAAACAGCAGGGGAACAACAAACUCACACACACACUCACACUCCUCAUAUAGUUGCUGUGAAUAGAGAUGCGAGGUGAGGAAUACAACAAUCUUUUACACCAGGUUGUAAACAUGUUUGAUUAAGCUGUAACAAUCAGACUUUUACUGGAGUCUUUGGCCUUUGGAGUCAGCGAUAAACGGACACUCGAGGAAAUGCAGUUUUCAGCACCUCUCCAUCAUCGCCUUCCUUUUCCAAGACCUGAGGUUGCUGUUUGGUAGUGACAGAUUUAACACCGUAGAAGAAAAUGCAUAUUAAGCUCUGGUGAAGAUGGUGCAGGAUUGUUACUUAAUCAAAAAACAACUGACACCCAGAUCUCACACAGGAGAGCUAAACGAAAGCAGAAGGGGAGAGGGCGAAAGGACAAUGCAGAAAUUUCCACAGAGAAGGAAAUAGAAAAGGAUGAGGUUAGUGUAAAAUUAUUGUUAAAUCAUUACUUUAGGAGCUCCUUAAAGAAACAUACGAUCUAUUCCCAUAAGAGUAAAUGUAUGAAGAGCGUUGGGUUUUGUUUUAAUAAGUCACACAAAGUUUAGUGUCUUAUCCUGAGAAAUGGAUUGUGUCACUCAGUCCAUCAUCAAAAACUGUUGUGUUGCAGAAGAGUUAUUGUUCAUCAGUCAUAAAGACUCAUUCUUGCUUGUGGCAAAUGAAGGGAAUCUGAUAAAGGCUCUGGAGAAGUCACAAAACAAAUUCACAGUGGGUUUGUUUGUGCCUCCUCUCGGUGUGGGUUUAACAAACCUUUAUUUUGUUUGUGCUUCAUCAGCCGGAUGUGUUAGGAUUCAGGGAGGAAGGAAACACGAUUGGCUUUCUGUGUACAUCGGUGCAUGGAUUUGUUUAAUCACAUCAAGGUGUUUCUCUCACGCUGUCGCCCACGUUUCAAUAACUCAGAUUUUCAUUUGGCUCAGAUCUAAUUUCAGAGUUGGCAGCGGGACUACGAGAAGUAUUGACAACAGCGGUAACAAAAGCCUCACCGCAGGUAGAGGACUGUGUUUGGUGCAUUACCUGCUCAAUAACUGUCUCACCGAUCACGCUGUGUUUGCAGUAGAGGACGGAAAGGAUCACUAUGUGGAGGAGUCAGAGGCGACCACGUGUGAGACCAGAGCAGACGAGUCAUUUCUGCUUCGAAAGCCGACUAUCACACGGGCCAAAUUAGAAGCUCGCACAGACUCAAUUCAGGUACAUGUCCUGCAGUAAUCCAUAAUUAUUGACACGAUGUUAAAAACGUGCUUUUGCGGCUGAUAUUCAGCAUCCUCACCAUAUAAUUUACACUCUUUAUUUCUACAGGGAAAGAACCGAGCCGGAUCCUCUGGACUGUUCUUCCGAGAUGGGAAGAAGCGUAUUGACUACAUCCUGGUUUACAAGAAGUCCAGCCCUCAGGUGGAGAAGAGAUGCACCUUUGAGAAGAAUUUGCGAGCCGAGGGUCUCAUGCUCGAGAAGGAGGUAAAAUCAAUCGCUUUGAUUUGAUGGCACUAAGCUUGUUUCUACAAAGUAGCCCUAAAAUAAUCCUGUUUACUUAUAAUCUUACAGCCGUCCUUGACAAACAAUGACAUUAUGUUUGUGAAGAUCAACGCCCCCUGGGACACACUUUGCAAAUAUGCAGAGCAGAUGAACAUCCGGAUGCCUUUUAGGUAACAAGACGUAGAGAAAGAGAUUAAACACUUAACUCAGGUGAAAGUUUGCCUUUUGGUUUCUUCUCUCAGCUUCUCUAACUUGUCUUUUGUUCUUUUUCAGGAAAAAAUGUUACUUUACAGACUGGAAGAGCAAAACUCUGGGCAGGUAAGUGGAUUUAGGGUGUAAGAUAUUUAUCUCUAUUGCUCUCUCUGGGGUAAGACGCUGGAUGCUUCAGUGUCUCUAAUGAAAUUCACAGGGAACACAGCUGCGAGGCUUUAGUCUUAAUGCGUGCAGAGAAUUGUUUUCGGUUGAUGGAUAAGUCACUUCAGUUUAAAGGGCAAACAAGUCCGAUUAUCCUUGUCCUUUUUAAUCUGAUUAUUGAGUGAGUGUCAGUAAGGCCAGGAGGAAUAAAGCCAAGACUUAAGCAAAUACUUAAAGGUAUUAAAAUUCUACAAUCAUCUUAUGGGCUUAUAUACGUACUAUCAAAAUAUACAAUACUAAAAAGUUGUAGUCUUUUAAAAACCAUUUUCUCUGGAGCAGAUGAUUCCCCCCUUUACAAAUACAGGCGCUACAUUGUUUCUGAAAAGGUGUUCAUUAAACUUUCCAACCGCAGCCUCCUACACGCCAGGCACAUUGUUAAGAGUACAAUACAACACGUCUCCCACACUGACAGUACUAUUCUAUAAAAUAUGUGUAAUCCUUCAGUCAUAUGGAGCUGCACUGUCUUAUUUUAAGGCUAUUUUUAGAGAGACACUCCUCCACUUUGAUAUGAUUUCCAAGCUCUGCACACAGCACUCCAAAUUUCCAUCCAGUUUUCUCACAGAAAAAAACAGCAAUGCAGAUGGAUUACUGACAGACAUUAAAAAAGCAUCUUUGAAUUUGAAGAUUUUUGGCUUAUUUAUGAAAGGCUGACAACAUUUCUAUAAACAUUUCUUUCUUUUUUGGAAAGGCUUUUUCAACUAAGAUCUUAUUUAUGAACUUGACAUUGCAGGACUGCAGGAAUCUGUCAUUUUAAUAGGUUUGCUGAAAGAGUCGUGUACAAAUGAAAAAAAGCUCAAUUGGUUCAGGGAGUUGGGAUGAGGUCACUGGUGAUGCCAAGUCAAGACAGUAUUGCUAUGCUAGUAUGCCAGCAUAUUACCAGCAUCAGUUAAGGAAGGGACCAUAGACUGUAUAUACUAUGGAUAACUUGAUUCAGUCUAUGGAAGAGACAAUGAAACAAUGGAUUUAGAGCAAAAAUCAUAUUGCCGUAGUUUGACAGUAUACCCAUUGUGAGAGGCUUUCAAUCUGAAGCAGAGGCACUUCUCGGCUUUGUUUCUUCCUCCAGUAAUAAGAGGCAAAUGAUGUUUUAUGAAGUGUGAUGUUUAAGUUUUUAAUGAGUUGCUGACAGAAAGUGAAGCAUGAUAACAGCGGUCUGAGCUGAAGGGCUGACUUUUCACUGAGGAGCAAACAUGGAGAGACUCGUUUCUUCAGUCCUCUUGCUCUGUUCAAACAGAGCUUAUUAACGAGGAUAGGUGUGACCUGACAGAGACAGACUUAGAGCUUGUUUCAGCAUUGAACUAUACUUCGCCAUGCUGAUUAACAAACUGUAUUUCAAAAACUAUUGUUUAACAUUAUAAGUAGGAAGACAAACAGUGAAUUGACUCAACGUUGACUGCAUCAAGAUCGCGGACAAUGUCCAAUAUAUUUAUUUUCCCUGUAACAUUUCUCCAAAAUUUUAUAUCAUGCUUUCAGGACAAAAACACCUCCACACACACACACACACACACACACACACACACACACACACACACACACACACACACACACACAGCAGACAAAAACCUCAAAGAUAACAGUCACUCGCCCACCUGUCCAACUGUGAACAGGCACUUUUAAAUCUUGUGUAAGAGGAAUCUUAGUCACUGUGAACAAUAGGGACCAUUAUUUUUGCCUCUGUGCUCCUGCAGUCUUUCACCGAGCUCCUGCUCCAGAAAGAAAAAUCUGCUAAAUGAGCUUUAUGUGUUUGCUAAUGGUCUGUCACUAAAUCACGUCCCGCUAAAGCUGAACAAAUCGCCUGUGUGCAGGAGGUGGCAGCUUGCUGGCUUUGAUAUCAUUACUUUCUGUUCGGUACCUGUCCUCCUCAUAACAACAUUUGUAAAACGUCCUUCGACAACAGCAUAUUUUUCCUCCGAAAUCCCAUUUAUAUUCAUUCAAUCCAUAUUGAAGCACAACCCAAUAUAUUAGAGACCUCUUACAGAAGCAUCAGGCAAACAUUACCCUGCUAGAUGACUUGUGGUCCCCAGAGCUGUUUUUCUUAUUCUGUUGACUGAUCAUCUCCUACUACUGCAAAAUAUCUCCACAACUGUGAGACAGAUGGGCAUGAAUAGUCCUUCAACACAAUUUUAUGAUCUCUCAUAAAUUAUUCCAAGACAGUUUUAGUCCGCUUCUUUCUGGAAUGGAAUUAUUAUUCCAGACAUCUCACAAAAAAAAACGUAUAAAAACCCUGACAGUUCCUCUAACGCCAUGAUGAAAUGAUGUUGGUUUCUUUUGUUGUUGUUUUUUUCACACCAAUGCCUCAACUAAUGUUUGAAUUUUUGGUACAUACACUGGUGUUAUGUAAUUGGAUUUUAGAUUGUAAAGUCUACAGGCAAAAGGCAUCUGACAAACCUGUGUUUUAUUACUGAUCAGCAACUAUCAAUCAAUCGAUCUUUAUUUGUAUAUCACUUUUCAUAUUUAUACACAGAAGAAUACAAAAGAAAUAAAGAAUACCCAACCCUACCUGAAUCCAUCCCUACCUCCUCAUCCCAACCCUGCAAUCUAAAUAUAACAGUGGGAAGUUAAAAAGUGUUUUGAGUGGUCAGACAAGAGAGCUGAACAAGAUCAAACUUGGUCUCAAAGUCUAUUUUGUAAAAGCAGGAAUAUCCGCACUGAGGAAAAGCCAUCUUAAAAUUCAAUAUGAGGAAACACUGGAGAUUAGGUUAAAAAUCUAACAGUUACAUAAAAUGAUAACACAUUCAAGUGAAAUGAAAAAAGAACAAAAGAUAUUAAGAUAAGAGCACCAAAAUAGCUCAGUGAAACUAUAUACAAUAAGUCAAAACCACAUUAAGAGAAAAGGGUAAAUUACGAAAAGACAAUUCUGGGGUUAAAACUAGAGAGAUAAAAGCUAAGACACUCAAACAAAAUUUAGUUAAAGAUAAAAAUUUAGUUAAGUCAAUGUCAAGUGAGUCAAUGUUUGAUUUUUUUGCUUGUUUCCUCUUCUCCUUCCUCUGGUUUUUCCACAUCUUCUUAGUGUAACACAAAUCUGUGGUGGAAAACUAAAUAUCUAAUAACUUACUAGAAAACUGAAAAUAAGUCAUAAAUAUCAGUAACUUUCCACCAGUUCCUCAUCAAUCCUUACAGACAAAUGAAAUUAUUAUUGGUCUGAUACUGAUACAGUAACGCAGUAAUGUGAUAGGGUUGAAUAAGGUUAAAGUUACAGUUAUAAAUAUACGUACUCCUCACUAGGGUGAUCAUACUUUCAAGCCCCCGUGUGGGUACACUUUAAUUCAGUCGUGAACCCACAGUGAACUCGUGGCACAAUUAAAGUUCUAAUCAGUGUAUUUUUACCUCCAGCCUGUACCCACCAUUUGUGUUUGCUCAUUUUAUUACUGCUGCUAUGUAUUUCAUCAGUUUCACUGUGGGCAUUUUGCACACUUGCAGUGCUGAAAAUUUGUUGCCUUGUACUUUUAGAAUGAAGCUAUAGCUGCCCUGGAGCUCUUUGGAAAUUGCAGACUUCUUUUUUGGCAUCACAGGUAGCCUGUCUGAGGUUAUGCAGCAGGUCCUGUCAGUAUGAUAAACCGCGCUGGCUAGACAACAGCAACGUGCGAAGAUUAACUGACAGAUGUAGAGACAGAACAGCAACAGCUUUGAGGAUGACAAUGACUGACACAGACAAAUCAGUGCUGCAGAAAUGCUACGCUGAUUUGGUGUCUCAACCCAAAACUGGGACAGGGAUUACUCCAAACUGGACACAGCGUAUUAGUGUUUCAUAGAUUUUUGCUAGGACUAAGGGACACAAAGCUUAAAAACGGAAUGGUCCUGGUCACUCCUCGCUCACCUUAUCGGAAUUUGUUGGAUGCUUGGGGUAGCUCUGUCUCAAUAGCUUCUCAUUUAGCAUAAAGUAGAGCCUUAUAUCGCUCCAGAUUCACAUCAUCCAUUACCUUUGUGAGUUUUGUGUUUUCUGAAGUACUUGCUGCCAGAUGUUAAAGGUCUAAGGAAAAUUGUCACCUUUUGAAAAUGGUUGAUUCUUUCUUUUUUAACAAAAACCUGUGAAACCUACUUCAGAUGUGCUCAGUGUUAAGUGCUGAUGAGCACAUGUUAGUAUGAAACACUCUAAACUUAGAUGACAAGAAAGGUUAACAGAUCAGCUAAUGUGCGUUAUGAUUGACAUUUUUGGCAUAUUAGCAUGAUGUUAGCAUUUAACUCAAAGGACAGUUAAACAUAACACAGUUAUACAAAACUGCUCACAUAGCUAUGCGUGAAGUUAAUUUCACGUUAGUAUAAAAUUUAAUCUAGAUAACCAAUGCAUGCCCUUAGAUUUCACCCAGUUCUUAAAUCAUGCCUAAAAUAUUAAAAAGAGAUUUAUCCAUUGAGUUGGAUUUAGUAAGCUGUUAUCCUGAAUCUGUGACCUCCAGCCUCACAUGAGGCAUAAGCGGCAUGAAAAUUAAAAAGUAUGCAGGACACUGAGUGCAUCAGGACGUGUGUCAUUGUGUGUGUUGUACAAGCAUUUCUGGGUUAUUUUAGGGCAAAAAAGGUUAGGGGCCAAUGUCCAAUAUGAAAGGAAACAAUCUUCCUGAUAAUCUGUGUCGUUAAUCCUGUUUUUCUGUGUCCUUGCAGCAGGUUUCAUCUGAGAUGUAGACAGAUAAAAAGCUGGCUUCCCAGAAAUCCUAUGCAGCUGGACAAAGAGGCCUUGCCUGACCUGGAAGAGACCGACUGCUACACAGCUCCAUUCAGCAGAGCACGAAUGCAUCAGUAAGCAGGACGUAUAUACGGUUAUGCGUUGCACCACAGAAACUCACUCACAUGAACUGAAUGAACAGCAGAGUAUCAGCAGUGUUGAGCUGAUGUUUAUCCCUCACAUCCAUUUUUGUCCUGAGCUGGUGUACCCGCUGAUGAAAUCCACAUCAAAGCUGAAUAGUAUACAACUCAUGUAUAUUUAAUGACAUAAAGUCAGAUAAAGAUGAGCUGAUCAUGAAUAAGAGAUUGAAAUGCAGCAGCAGAUGCUCAUAAAAUCAUUAGUUUUUUCCCCUAAUUUUCAGCAUCUCUUUGAUGAACAGCAUCAGUAAUUCCAUUUUCACUCACUUGCCAGAUUCGACCUUUUUUUAGGAAAUAAUGAUGCAGGGAUGAGCAGAAACUUUAAACACCACAAGUUUUGAUGUGAAACUUAUGAGAUCAUUAUCUUUGAAGGCUGUGACUGGAUAAUAUCGACAUACUGCUGCAUGAUGAAUCUCUGAACCACUGUGCUAUCACUUUCCUCCCAGCUUCACAAUCAACAAUAGAGAGACGUUCUUUUCCAAUUCGACCAGGAGCAGAAUAGUUCAUCACGUUCUGCAGCGCACAAAGUACGAAGAUGGAAAAUCAAAGAUGGGUGAGGCGCAGCAGCUGCUUCUUUGUCUUCUUGCUUGUCACAAACAAUAUUUCUAGAUGUGUCACACCAGUGGAAACAGAUCCCAUGCUUAUUUACACAUGAUGUACAUCAAUCCAUGAUCUAUAGCAGUUUUUAUACUGAAAAGGGCGAAUGUCAUCGAUCUGUUUCUCAGUUAAAUAGCUCUUUUAACAGAGUUUAGCAGAAGACUUCUCAGAAUGAUCCAUUUUAACUACAGGCAAAGAGUGAAGACAGAAAAGACAAUAAAGCAUGAUUGCUCUGUCUGUUUUUCUUUCUCUGUGUCUACUAUCUCACUGCUUAAACCAUUAGGGGGCACGAGUAACAGCCAAUAGAUUUAACGGUUAAUUUGACUGUAGAGAGUGAUGGUAACCUGGUGGGAGUUGUUAUGCUUUUGUUUGUGGUUUUUGCUGUAGAGUAAUUAACUUGUGAACUCCUGCUGAUUAUAUCCUCCAACUUAUGGCUGAUUCCUCUUCUCCCCUCUGGCUGUUGUUGUUUUCUUUCUUCCUUAGUUUCCAACUGCAGUUACCUUACUUCGUGUCCACUAUCUUUUCUGACUGCUGGCGACAUGUUUCGCUGAUUAAAGUUUGGCGUUGAAUGUCGGGGAAUGGAUUUCACAUUAAUAUUUUAGUGCUGUUGACCACUCUACUCUCCAACAAAUAAGAUCAGCAUGGCAUCAAGAGUGGAAAAUACAAAGUCAAUCCACUCCUCUUUUUCCCCUGAGCUCACUGUCUACUGUUUCAGUCACUGCAAAUGAACACGCUAUUGUCCUGUGUGAUUUAUCGUACAGUUCAACAAUGAUACAUUUGUUGUGAUGAGAACAUAUUUCAGUAACACUUUACUUGACACCUAUCUAUAUAACGCAUUAUAAAUGUAUGUAUAAUGCAUUAUAAUCACAUUAUAGCACUGUAUAACUAUAGUUAUUAACACUUAUAAAUGAUCAUGAGGCUUUAUAGCAACAAUCAUAACACAAAUGUCAGGUAUUAUAAUGUGUUUUAACUGUUAACAACUCACUGACAAUGCCCACAUUGAUAAUGCAUUAUACAUAUAUUUAUGAUGUGUUAUAAUUUGCUUAUAAACUUGUAUAACUAUCAUUAUGAACACUCAUUAAUUUUUUUAUAAGGCUGUAUAACAAUAAGCAAAACACAUUAUAAUACCUGACCUUGUAAGUCAUGAUAAAAUGCUUUAUAAUGUGUUGUGAUUAUUGCUAUAAAGCAUUAUGAUCAUUUAUGAGUGUUUAUAACUGUAGUUAUACAGUGCUAAAACGUGAUUAUAAUGCAUUAUAAAUAUAUUUAUAAUGCGUUAUAGAGAUAGGCGUCAAGUAAAGUGUUACCUAUAUUUCAAUAAAGUAGUUGGUCUGCUCAGACUAAAGGGUUGUUUUAAGGGCUUAAAUAUUUAAAAGCCUCUAAUGUGUUUGUCUGACAGACAUUGAAGAUAAAUGCAGUAAACAUAAUGAGUGUGGAAAUAGGUUGAAAAAAUAAAUAGCCAACUGGAGCUUUCUUUUCAUUAUUAUUGCUACUUUCUUGAGCAUCAUUUUACAUGAAGUGGUUUAUUUUACUGCAGGUAUCAACAGGCUCUUGGGCAACAACACGUAUGAGGCUGCUUUUCCUCCUCAUGAGGUGAGAAGAAACACAUUUAGAGACUCACAAACUGGGAUCUCCUUCCAGUUGUGUAAGUUUCUUUACGCUCUGUCUCAUCAGGGUGGUUACAAGAGCAGACAUCCAAUCAAGACUCAUGGAGCCCAAAACCACAGACAUCUUCUGUAUGAGCGCUGGGCCCGCUGGGGCAUCUGGUACAAAUACCAGCCUCUGGACCUCAUCAGGUAAUCAGAUAUAUCAGGGAUUCUGAUCACAGCAUGUUUCCUGAACUGAUGGAGUUACUCUGACAGCUGAGGGGAAGUCACUCAACAGCUUUGUUUUUUUGUUUUGUUGGUUUAUCACCAGUAAAGAAAAGAUCUCGCAGUAACAAGAAAUAGUUUGACAUCUUUUGGAAUCACUUUUGAUGGGAAAAUCAAUACUGCUGUCAAGAGCCGGAUCCCAGAGGCUAUAAGCCAAACUUUGUUUAAAUCACAUUUAUAAAUCCAAAAUGCGCCCCCUCUGCAACCGAACAUCUUCUCUUGAACCGAUGUGUGUAAUCUAACUUUAGAUCAGGGCGGACGAGCACAUCUUCAACAGUUUCUACUUUUAUUCCAAGCUGGGCUAGUUGCCAUCAGAAAAUGUAGCUCUGUUUUAGGACCCUCUUAAGAUCUUAAUGUCGGCUUCAUUUAUCAAAACAUUGAUUUAUAAAAAGAAGAUAAAGACAGGGAGGUGGAUUUCCUACUUAUUCCUUAUAUUUGCUUUUAUUACAGACACCAUGUUUGCGUCAGUCCUCAUCCUGACACCAGGAUCCACUGUUUCUAAACUUGUCCCUACUCAACACUGCACACAGACUUGGAAGUUAGCUGAUUCCUCUGAUCACAACUGAGCUGCUUUACAUGAGCAAUUAUAAAAGCCAUAUAUUACUUUAAGAACCCGUGACAGCUGUGGUUACAGAAGCAGUUAUCGAUUAAUUUCCCGCCACAGAAUUAUACUUAGUGACCUUUUGGGUGUGCAGCCCACUGAUCCAUUGCUCAACCACAGACACUUCUCUGCAGCCACACCCAUGAAUAAUCUUAAAUUAUCUGUAAACAGUUAAUGGAUGAUCUCUAACCACUUUGGUUCUCUCUUAGGAGGUACUUUGGUGAGAAAAUUGGUCUGUACUUUGCGUGGUUGGGCUGGUACACGGGCAUGUUGAUCCCUGCUGCUCUGGUUGGUGUUUUCGUCUUCCUCUAUGGUCUCUUCACCAUGGACUCUAGCCAAGUCAGGUGAGCCAAAAUGACCUGCGUUAUUAAGUAAGUAUAAGAGUAUCAGGUCUUCAUCUUUUAUUUGACUUCCUGAUAUUUUGUUGUAACAGUAAAGAGAUUUGCGAGGCCAACACUACCAUCAUGUGUCCUAUGUGUGAGGACACAUGUGAACCCUGGACGCUGAGUGACAGCUGUGUCUACGCUAAGGUCAGUUUAGUUCUGUUGAGUAUUAUUAAUCCUAUUACUCUUCUCAAAUUUUUCUCCUUAGACUUGUUACGUGUAUUUUAAGGUUCAAAACCCUCUUGACCUGUUAAACUGGAGAGUUAUCAAGUGUGCUUUGGUGUUCAUUGAAACCCACUAGAGUUUUUAUCAACUACAAAGAAACAAGAGUGGAUGAUCGACCAGUGAAAUUCGAUUCAAGACUGUUGGUUUUAAAAUAAUCCAAAGUUAUGUCAAGUUUCGCUGCUAACGCCUCGAUUUUAGAGAGCAUUUAUUCAGCUCAACUUCGUCUUUCUGUGUUUCUAGGUGACCCAUCUGUUUGAUAACGGCGGCACUGUCUUCUUCGCUAUCUUCAUGGCUAUUUGGGGUAGGUAGAGGCUGCCUAUGUUGUCCUUGUUCCCGAUCUUGUGUGCACUUGUUGUUUUACAGCUACAGUGUUUUCAGCUCGACACAAGCCCUUCAGGAAUUCAAAUCUAUUUAUACGAAACUCUGUCAGUGCUCAAGCUUCUGCUCUGAGCUCCACUCCUCCAAACACAUUAAGCAUAUCAACCGAGAAUUCAGUCCAGUAAACACUCUGCUGUAUGAAAAUAUGACUUCUCUCUGUGCUUCAUUUGUCAGUGAAAGCAUGGUCAGGUUUCUCUGACUGAAUGUCCAGGGCUGUCCUGAUGUAAUUAGCCAGAUUAUUAAACAUUAAUCCAGAGGGAGACGGUAUCACUGAGCUGUCAGGGUUGCUGAAUUGCACCAUGAAAGAGUUAUAUUGCAGCUAUGGUCCCCUCAGCUAUAAUAUGAUCGUAAUAUAGAGUGUGAGUAUUAUUCUGCAGCAUCUGGCCCAGGUCCAUUUAUCUGCCAGCUUGGUAAACAAUCACCUGAGCCCAGAGGGAGCACUUGGCACAUUGUGUUCCGUGUACGGGCUAAAUGAAGGCCAAGGAUAGCUGGAGAGCUGAGGGAGGUCCAGCCAGCCUGGCUAACUGAGGUCUGUGGCUCCAAAACCUUCAUGAAGGCUCCAGGCAAUGUGGACCGAAGUAGCAGUACUGCACCACUCAGUGAGCGCACUCUAGGUCUGCUCAGUGUGAGCGUGUGUGAGCGAGAUAGAGAUGAAAAAUUGGUAAGCCUAAGGGACUGAAUGUAGGCAUCAGAGGAGGCUGCUUUCCUCUCACUUGAAACAAAAGUGGGUCGAGCUAAAUUCAACUAAAACAUCUUCAACCGCAGUCGGAGUUAUGCUGACUGAGGAUCGACGUCGUCGUCGUGCUUUUUAAGGUCAUCAUUUCCUAAUGUGCCCCAAUUUUUUCUUCCGUAAGGAGUAAUUUUAUUCUAUUUUUCCAUUGAUUAAAAACCACAUGCUUUGCUGCCACCAACAAUCAAAUCCAUCAGCAAAGAACCAACUGAAUAUUGAAUGAGGAGCAGCAUUGAAUUGAAGCCAACACGACUCCUUUACUAAUUAUUUUCCUUUCCCUUCCUCAAUAUCUAAGAGCAUUUAAGAGCACACAGCAUCCUCUGAAAAAUAUUAGCUCGGACAUUUUGUGUUCAUCAAACUCAUUAAAAUAUUUUCAUGAAAAUCCAUAAAAAUCCACUGUAGCCAAAGGUGGUUUUGUGGAUUUCUCUGUUUUGUCUGCCAGCCCAAAACCUCAUUACUGAUAUGACUGAAAACCCAACCUAGCUCAAAUCAAAAAGCACAUUUGUGAAAUUAAAUAAAAUCACAACAAAAGACUAAGGGCCUGUGUCCUUGAACUGUGAUCUUUUUUGUGCACUGACACAACCCUGAUUCCCCUAACCCUAAAAACAACCACAACAGAAGACACAUGCACAUUAAUACAUUUAUAAUGACAAGAAGUAUAAGAAUAAAACAAAAAUAGAGGGAAAAAGACAAACAGAAUAAUACUAAAAGUGUCUGAUAAUUUAAGAUAAGCUAGCUUUAACUGAAUGGCAUUGAACUGAUUUUACAGCAGCAGCUUCAUUAAGGUGCUGAGGAGUUCUCAUGUGAAUAAGAAAAAUUCAGGAACGGCCACAACAAAGUUUCAGUCUUUACUUUACCGCUGGGACCGCAGGUUUGUUGUGGGGAUCCGGUUAGUCAGCCUAAUUUUAUAACUGCAGCGCAAUACUGCAGAGGAUCAGCCAAACAUAAAGUUCAAUUUCAUUUUUCACCUAAAAAAAAAUCAAUGAAAUCUUAAAAACAAUCCCCAUAUAGACAAGAAGUCAACGAAGAGGCCAAAUUUAUGUUAGGAUACGAGUUUCCUGUCAGGGAUGCUGCAAGCUGCAGGAUUUCAUCUGAGCUGAGUACCCUGUAGUUCUACUUGGAAAAUAUUUUAUUAAGUUUUUUUUUUCAGGUUUCUGCUCAUGUAAUGAACUUUAAUAUGUGAGUCAUUUCUGAUUUAUUUAAGGAGCUGUACAGCACUGACCGAUUUCUCCUGCUACAAGAGCACACAUGUUACAUGUAUGUCUAAUGAGAAGUGACAAAAGGGCUGAAUCAGUGGUCUGCAGCAGUUUUCAGCUUCUGUCCAUCAUACAGCAACAUGAUUACACGGCUCUUUCCCACUCAUCUUCUUCUCCACAGACAUUAACCCCGUUAGUGUUGGUUCUGAGCUGAGUAUGACACACAACUUUUCACACAGUCCUCCUUCUUUCUAGUUUAAUGUUUCUGCUUUAAAUCAGAGCACACAAAACUUUCAGACAGAGAGAAGAUUACCAACAUUAUUCUUGUUGUAGUGUGCCGCUUGAGUCACAAAAGUGCCGGACACAAAGGAAACAAUGCAUCCAGCUUUGCUUUUGAAGCCCCUCAACAUAAAAUGGAUCUUGUCUGAGAAAGACCGGAUUUACGGGCUGAAACAUUUUGUGCGUAAAGCCUAUUUGUGUUGCCACUUUCCUUUAACUUCACAACAGACCAGAGAGCAGCCAGUGAACUGGUGGCUGUGAUCACUCACCAUAAUGGGCUGUUUGUGUCAGGUGUGAUAAGGUGUUUGGUUCUGCAAUGUGUUCACACUUAAUGCCCCGCUGUCCAGCACAUAAAUCUCAAUCUUUCUUUGUGUUACAAAUCAAAGAUGAUCAAUAAUGUGAUUGAUACCUGAUCCCCUCUGCAGCCACGGUAUUCCUGGAGUUCUGGAAAAGGAGGAGGGCAGAGCUGACAUAUGACUGGGACCUCAUUGAUUGGGAAGAAGAAGAGGUGCGUCAGCAUUAUUAGUCAAUAGAUCUGAUAUUUGAUUGAAUCAUUUGAUCUAAGGUCCCAUAUGGCACUUCUUCUCGAUUUUUCCCUGCUCAUGUGAUAUGAAAGGAUUGAUUUUUUUUUUGUGAAUCAGGAGGAGCUGAGGCCUCAGUUUGAAGCCAAAUACUCAAGGAUGGAGAGAGUGAACCCCAUCUCUGGCAAACCUGAGCCUUUCCAGCCGUUCUCAGAUAAACUCAGCCGGCUCAUGGUGUCUGUGUCCGGAAUAUUCUUCAUGGUAAACCCUCUGAUCUCCAAAUAAUCUGACCCCCUUUUGGGAUUUAGGAUCAGAGUGAGAUCACCAUUAUUUUCGUGCCACCUUUAGAGUGUUUGUGAUGUGCCAGCAGCAGCUUAACACUGCCCCCUGCUGGAUAAAAGAUGUACUAGGAGGAAAAAUUGUGAAUUUGGCCUCCUGUGAUGGACUUACUGUCUCUGUUUACUGAUCAAAUGUAAAGAUGAUUAAUGCUCAUCCAUCUCACUAAAUUCAUUAGGAGUGUGUUUUGACUCAGGCCUCUUUUGCUAAGUGUCAAUCUGCUCUUUGAACAAGUAACUCAUUGAGUCCUUUCUGCUUCCCUGUCCAGAUUUCCCUCGUUCUCACAGCCGUGUUUGCUGUGGUGGUUUUCCGACUCAUCGCCAUGGAGAAGUUUGCGUCUUUCAACUGGUAUUUCGUGAAGAAGAACUGGCAGUUUGCCACCUCUGGCACCGGCGUCUGCAUCAACUUCAUGAUUAUUAUGUCUCUCAAUGUGGUGGGUGUCUGGACAAGUACCAUUUGGCACAUUUACGUACUCUGUCCAACAAAUGUGUCAUGCAACAUUUAUUUAGAAACAUGUUCCAAGUACUGUUAUAGCUACAGCCAGGCAUAUUUUUUUUUGCUGUGAUUUUUCUUUCUCGUGAUCUUUACCCUCCCUCCUUAUUUUCGCUGUUAUCUCUCAGGUUUACGAAAAGGUGGCGUAUCUGCUGACAAAUUUAGGUGAGUUUAUAUCUUUAUUGUUUACAAACCUUCUUUAUCUCUCACUUGGCACAUAUUUAUUCCCUCCCUUGUCCACUAAAUACCCUCCCCCCCACAGAGCACCCACGGACAGAGUCUGAGUGGGAGAACAGCUUUGCUCUGAAGAUGUUCCUCUUCCAGUUUGUGAAUCUGAACAGCUCCACGUUUUACAUCGCUUUCUUCCUUGGAAGGUAGGCUGACUGCCAUGAACUCUUCAGUUCCUGUUUACAGUGAAUUUAAUGAAAGAUUAUGCAGGGAUUUUUUUGUUUUAAACUCCCAUGUCAUGGCUGCCAAGACUCUUUUCCCUCCUCUGCGCUCAGUCAUGUUUGAGCAUUUGCAGAAUACUGCUGCGAGACUCGAAGCCGGGGUUUAUUAGACACGAUUAGCACUUUGAAGUGUCUUAUUUUACCGCUCAAACUACAUUAGUUUCCAACUGAUUGAAUUUCACAGCUAAUGUUGUCAAUCUCAUUCUGUUCAGGUUUGCUGGCAGGCCUGGAAAAUACAAUAAACUAUUUAAUCGAUGGAGGCUGGAGGAGGUGAGUGCAAUAAGGCAGCAGCAUAAGUGGGCUGAUUAUUGCUCUCUCUUUCAGGAUGAAUUUAGAUUUUUCAUGUGAUUCAUCUGUACAGUAAUCAGUCCGUACAUAUUAUCAUACGAAGCAUACAUCUUCUUAUAAUUAGCAAGACUGGAAAUUUUAAUGAUCCAAAAACAGAAUUUGAGGAAGUGUUACCAGGAUUUACUCACGGUCAUAGACGAUGGAUGUCACAGUUUUUGUAUUUCAUCUGUUAUCUCUCAGUGUCACCCGAGUGGAUGUUUGAUUGACCUGUGCCUGCAAAUGGGCGUCAUCAUGUUCUUCAAACAAAUCUGGAACAACUUCAUGGAGCUCGGUUUCCCGUGAGUAAUACCUAAUAAUAAUCAUGUGCGUCUUUCAUUAUGAGCCAUUAGAAAUGUCACAUCUGGCCCACAAUGUUGUGAAUUUGGAUGAUUAGCAUAUAACAAAACAUGAUUUUUUUUGUCCUUCGGCUCAUUAGCAUAUGAAAAGGAUUUUUUUUUUCCUGCAAAAACACUUCAAAUCCUCUUCUCUGAGGCUCUGUAAAAGAGUUCCUGCAGUGCCGCAUGCAUUGUCAGAAAUAAUUGCUUUGAGAUGACAGCUUGCUACUUGCUACGUUUUCAGUUUGCUGCAGAACUGGUGGUCUCGUAGGAAGAUGAAGAAAGGAGGUGGCGGAGGUCAGAAUGUGGAGAAUAAAGCUCAGCUUCCUCAGUGGGACAAAGACUGGAAUCUGCAGCCCAUGAAUGCACAUGGACUUGUGGAUGAAUACCUUGAAAUGGGUAAAAUAUUAGCCCGCUUUUCAGUUUUAUACUUGGCUGAAGGAAAAGAAAGGAAAGUAACAUGAUGCUCAGUCUUCAGGGUUGUUGUUGCAGGAUUUUAAACAGACAUCCUCUGAAGUUCAUCCAGACAUUUCUUUCCUCUACAGUCCUCCAGUUUGGCUUCACCACCAUCUUUGUAGCAGCGUUCCCAUUGGCUCCUCUCCUCGCUCUGCUCAACAACAUCAUUGAGAUCCGUCUUGACGCUUACAAGUUUGUCACUCAGUGGAGGAGACCCAUGCCUGCCCGAGCCACCGACAUAGGUCAGCGCGAUCUCUGACUGUCAACACCUCCUCCUCCUCCUCUGUGGAGCUUAUUUUUAGAUCAGAGCCACAUUUUCCAGCACAACCAACAUUUUCUACCCUAUGGAGAAAGAUAUGUUCCAUAUCCUUUGAACGUGUGCUGCCAUAUGCUGCACCUCCCUCCCUCCCACCAGCCCAACAACCUAAACUGCAUCCUCAAACUGCAGUAUAAUAUACAGAGGAAAUGCUUCUUGUGGCAUGUUGCCCUGUAAUUAAAGACAGAAGCCCGCCUCAGACAUUUACCAUUUUUCAGCUUUAAUUAACCCAUUAUGAUGUAGUCACACAGAAUCAAAGAGCAGAGCCUGUUUGUCAAGUUUGAUCACACUGAGGCGAGAAGGAUGAGGGAGGAUUAAAUUUAGCAUUUCAUUAGCUUGAAUAAAUUUUAUUAAAAUGUAGACACACGUCCUGCUAUGAAUCACUAACAAUUAGAGUUGGAUAGUUUGACAACAUGUCUUCAAACUUCCUUUAUAAAGUGUUGAAAUGAUUAAUUUACUCCCUUUGCUUUGUCUGUCAGGUAUCUGGCACGGGAUUCUUGAAGGAAUCGGCGUGCUCGCAGUCAUCACCAACGCCUUUGUCAUCGCCAUCACCUCAGACUACAUACCCCGGUUUGUUUAUGCCUUCAAAUACGGCCCGUGUGUGGACAAGGGACACCACCAUGAGGAUGAGUAAGCAAGGCAGUCAAUGUGUAAGCUCAAGAUAAAACCAACAGAGCUGUUUGAGUUUCAGUCUCAGCUUCUUCUUCUUCUCACCCCCAGGUGUUUGCGAGGAUACAUGAACAGCAGCCUGUCUGUGUUUGACAUGAGCAAGCAGAAGAACAGCAGCUAUCCUUUUUACUGCAGGUACAGAGACUACAGAGCGCCACCCUGGAGCUCGGUGCCGUAUGAAUUCACCCUGCAGUUCUGGCAUGUCUUGGCUGCAAGGCUGGCCUUUAUCAUCGUCUUUGAGGUUCGUCUGCAUUCUCUAGUUUUCUUUUUUUGUGUGUGUGUGUGUGUGUUUACCAGUUACUCAAGCUGCUAAAACUUAAUCCUCUUAUGUCUCCUCAAGCUUGUGAAACUACAGCAUUUCCCCUUUAUUAAUUUAUAUGCUGUCAGCACUAAGUGAAAACCUCACGAGUGCGAUUUCGGGAACUUCUCGUGCUUUUAGUGAAUGUUGCAGCAACAGUAGUCUGAGAAAUUUGAGCAAAAGCCACAGAAUUAAAAAAAAUCAUGGUGGUCCCUCUAAAAAAGGCCCCAUUCUUCUUUUUCUUCUCUUUCAAAAUAAACUAUAUUUUCUCCUGACAGGGCUGCCCGCUACAUUUUAUACCUUGAGAAAAACUGCCAUACCGCUCAAAUAUAAAAGAUUAUUGUGCAGAAAAAGCUGAGUCUUUGCAUGGAUAUUGAAUUAAGCUGCAAAUGCCAGCACUUUGAAGUGCAUGGCUUCUGUGUGGAAGUUAACUCAUGAAUGCUUCAUGCUGCCCUCAGCACCUGGUGUUUGGAAUCAAGUCCUUCAUAGCGUACCUCAUCCCGGACAUGCCUAAGGAUCUGUGCGACCGUAUGAGGAGGGAGAAGUACCUGAUGCAGGAGAUGAUGUAUGAAGCAGAACUGGAGCACCUGCAGAAGGAGAGAAAGAAGAAUGGACGACGUUAUCACCAUGAGUGGCCUUAGUUUGAGAUCCCCCCCGUCUCCUUCCAUGUCUCCACUGCAAGCCGCAAAGCCCUCGAGUCACAGGCACGACCCUACGCCUACGUACUUAUGUGUUUUAGCUUUGACAGUCUAGCUUCACUCGGCUGAUUCUGCACACCAAAGACACCUUUUUUGGUUACCAAAUCCGCCCCCCCACACACACACCUCUCCGGCCUUUAGCACGCCCUCUGCCAUCUGUUUCAGGUCCAGUUUUGGCGCUGCUUUUUGUUUCCGACCCCGCCUUCUUUCACUCCCUUUCCCGAACCUUACUCAGCUCCAUCCGGCUGGUUGCCCUUGUUUCUGUGCUGUGUCAUGGCUUCCCUAGGAAAACCUCUUUGCAAUUGUAAUGUUUACUAUGCAGAUCAAGGGCUGCAGAUCACCACUGUUCACUUUCUGGCGCCCAUCCUGCACUCCCUGUCUCUCUCUCUCUCUGUGGCAGCUACCACUCUGCUUUGACUCUACAGUUUGGUGCAGCUCGCAGCAUGACCGUGUUGCCACCGCCGCUCUGCUGGUUAAUGUGACAGAGUUACUGUGGCGUUUCUUGUUGCAAAAGUGAUUCUGGUGAUGUGGCUACCAAAUACAGUGGAAACUUUUAUUUUUAUUCUUCGCAAAGUAACUGUUUAUCGCCCUCGAAGCAUGCUGAUCAAUAUUUGCGGCCAUUUUUGAAACUGCAAAGAAAAAUAAGAAAAGGUCAAGUAACAGCACCCAUUACGGAGGAUGUUGACAAGGUACAAAGAAUUUGCUCUGAAACCAUUUCAAGUGCAUGUUGUUGUUUUUUUUUUUUGUACCUUUUUAUAGACAAAGCCCUUGUCUUGAAGCCUGGCUCAUGCGUGUGUGUACUCAGUGUGAGCUGUGUGUUGAUCUCUGUCCGUGCUACUGCUGAGCUCGACCUUCUCCAAUCAAAGAAAUGUGAACUUCGUGCGAUUUGAUUGUGCCUACAGUUGUGCUCACCACAACUGUGUCACCAACAUCACGUGUGCCUGUUUGUGCUGCACGUGCUUUUUUCAAGUGCAAGAAAUAUUCCUCUCUUCUUCGUUCUGUUGUCUGAAAACUCUGAAUUCUCCCGUGUGGAUUUGUUUUGGACGCGUGUCACCCCGCAGCACCUCCUCGGGCCGGGCUAACGGCUCUGAGACGAUACACGUCGUAAUGUGACUCCCAUCAUGAACGAUGUAUACGCUCGCAUGCAGGAGCCACAAAUCUGCUCUUCCGUUCUGCGCUCGUUCUGCAGCCUGUUUUUCAUUUGCUGUUGGAAGCCCUGAAGCGUGGUUGAAACUUGGAUCCCCGCGACAUACCUGUGGCUUGGAUGUUCAGUUUGCAAAGAACAUCCGGCCACUGUUCUUCUCCACAAAUCUGCACUGAUGCUCUUCGGUUCUUGUCCUCAGUUAGAUGAGGUUCCAGAUGCUCUCCGACCUUUAUUGAUGAGAAAAUGAGACCUUUGGUUUGGUGGAAAUGCAGAGUCUUGACAUUGCCUUCUGUUGUGGUCAGAUCUGAAGUCUUGGAUUAGAGAACUCAGGAAAACAGGCAGCAUGAGCGACACAUCCAUCAGUGAGUCAGCAGCAUAAUCAUUUCCUUUUUUAUUCAUGCUGGGAUGGAAAGUCUGUGUGUGGAGAAAUUACAUUAAUGAGAGACUUUCAGAUUUUGAAGUUUAUGAGAACUUUAAUCUUGGCUUAAGAGCUUUAGUUCAGACUGUAAUGAAUCAGAUUUAGACUAACCCAUUCAAUGCACAGAGAGCUUAAGAAAAGAAAUGGAUUUUCCCAAACAUAUUGCACAACAAUGAAAAAGUUAUUUUCCAUUUUACAAUAAGCGUUCAUUAUUUCCAUGUAUUUAUUUAACUUACUGUUCUUGUAAAUAUAUAUAUUUAGGAUGUGUGUGAUGUUUUUAUACUUUUUAUUUAUUGCAAUCUGUGUGAGCUCACCUGUUUUCACCCUCAGCUCGACAAAGUGACGUCCACAUUUCUCAGGUGUCUUCUGAAUGUUCGCAGACGAUUGACUUUCUAUCAUAUUUUAUAAGACGCAGUCAAAGGAAUCCCGCUUUUUAAAAUAUAUAUUUUUGCAUAGCAGUGCAUUUGCAUGACUAGAGUGCACACUCACUAUUCAGAGCAUGUUUUUCCUGCAUUGUCACAGCAAACAUAGUAGAGCAGAAUGGAUGAAUCACACAGUUCAUUUUAGAGGCACAAGAUGCGUAUGUAUGGUUUGAGAGUAACUAUGCUUUCAGGUCAUAAUGUUUAAUUCAGUGAUCAUAACCAUAUCAUCCACAAGUGAGAUAUUUGUUCCUAAAUCUUGUACCAAUACGUAGGAAACCAGCACAGGUUUUCUGCAUAUUUUCCCUGCUAUGUGAACAUUGAAAAUCUAUGCAUGUUGUUAUCCUUGAGUGCUACUUUCAUUUUGAAGAGAUGCAGAUAUAAAUGUAAAGGUACAUUUGUACUGUAGAGUAUGCAUGACCUAAGAGCUGCUUUCUGUAAGGUUGUCAACGGCGUCUUAAACAUAUCACCUCCCUCCUUCAGCGACUGUCAUUUAGAGAGAUCUGGAUGAGUUCUCUUGAUGAGGCAGAGUUUUAUGCUGGGAGUAAGUGCUCGGACUCCGGAUUGGUUUAAUGAAAUUAACCUGGGAUAAUUUUCCGUGAAAGUCUGAUCAAGCUAAACACAUGGAUCCUCAGACUUGUUCAACUAGAAAUCAAAAUCAGUUCAGAGUUUCACCUGGCGGGAUGGGAACUACAGUUUCUUGGAUGUCCGAGCUACGAAUCUUUUCCCAAUUAGCCCUAUUCUCUUCUCCUCUCCCCUUCAAACCAAAAGCUGCAAAGUGAUAUGUAUAAAAAAGGUAUUUCUCACACCUUCUACCGUUGGCAAUAGCACAAUAUGGGUGUUAUAUAAUAAGUAAUAAAGGCAUGACCUUGCACAUCUCUGAAGCAGACUGGAAGAGGACUGAGCUUUCUGUCCCAUGCUGCGCCUCCUAACAGGAUUGUGGUGAGGCUGAAGCCCAGUGACCAAUGAUUUAACUGUACAAUAGGAUGGUACCAGGUGUGACAUGAAGUGUAUCAAUAACAUUGUUUACUUCGUUCCUGUUUACAUGUAAAAACAAAUUGAGAUGUGAAAAAAAAUGAUGUAACAUGAAAUAAUUUGGAUAUCACUCUUUUUCUGUAAUAAAUCAUGGAUUGUAUCUUUUAAAUAUU